UACUCCAAAAAGCUACCAAAGAUCCUUUAUGAAUAUUCAUCCUUUGUGAAUAUUGUGUUCACAAAAUUGUAGAGGACGUGCCCGAAGGAAAAUAAACAAAAUGUUCAAGGUUUUUCGGGUAGCUAAUGACAGAACCUAGACUGGAUCCCAAGCCUUUGGUCCCCACUUUGCUUUUUGUUUGUUUGCUUCCAUACAAUGUUAUCUGAACUGAAUAAGAGAAAAGUAGGAGAGAUUUUUUUUUUUAAUUCUGCAGUUUGAUCACUCUACAUGGUAACUCCAUUUUAGAGUUGGUUUUCAUUUUUUCUCUUUUGAAGCUUGUCUUGAAGGUGCAAUGAAAGCCUUCCAUGCUUUGUGUGUUGUCCUUCUGGUGUUCGGGAGUGUCUCCGGAGCCAAGUUUGACGACUUCGAGGACGAGGAUGACAUAGUGGAGUAUGACGAUAACGACUUUGCUGAGUUCGAGGACGUCGUGGAGGACUCCGUCACCGACUCGCCUCAGCGCGUGGUGACGACCGAGGAUGACGAAGACGAGACGACGGUGGAGCUGGAAGGGCAGGAUGAAAACCAAGAAGGAGAUUUUGAAGAUGCAGACACUCAGGAGGGAGAUACCGAGAGCGAGCCAUACGAUGAUGAAGAAUUCGAAGGUUAUGAAGACAAGCCAGAUACUACUUCGAGCAAAAGUAAAGACCCAAUAACAAUUGUUGAUGUUCCUGCGCACCUCCAGAACAGCUGGGAGAGUUAUUACCUGGAGAUUUUGAUGGUGACUGGUCUGCUUGCCUAUAUCAUGAACUACAUCAUUGGAAAGAAUAAAAACAGUCGCCUGGCUCAGGCCUGGUUCAACACUCACAGAGAGCUUUUGGAGAGCAACUUUACCUUAGUAGGGGAUGAUGGAACGAACAAAGAAGCCACCAGCACGGGGAGGCUGACCCAGGAGAAUGAGCACAUCUACAACCUGUGGUGUUCUGGUCGGGUGUGCUGCGAGGGCAUGCUCAUCCAGCUGCGGUUCCUCAAGAGACAAGACUUACUGAACGUCCUGGCCCGGAUGAUGAGGCCCAUGAGUGAUCAAGUACAAAUAAAAGUAACCAUGAAUGAUGAAGACAUGGAUACCUAUGUGUUUGCUGUUGGCACACGGAAAGCUUUGGUACGACUACAGAAAGAGAUGCAGGAUCUGAGUGAGUUUUGUAGCGAUAAACCUAAGUCUGGAGCCAAGUAUGGACUGCCGGAUUCUUUGGCCAUCUUGUCAGAGAUGGGAGAAGUUACAGAGGGCAUGAUGGACACAAAGAUGGUUCAUUUCCUUACACAUUAUGCUGACAAGAUUGAAUCCGUUCAUUUUUCAGACCAGUUCUCUGGUCCAAAAAUUAUGCAAGAGGAAGGUCAGCCGUUGAAACUUCCUGACACCAAGAGGACACUCCUGUUUACAUUUAAUGUGCCUGGCUCAGGUAACACGUACCCAAAGGACAUGGAGGCUUUGCUGCCCCUGAUGAACAUGGUGAUUUAUUCUAUUGACAAAGCUAAAAAGUUCCGACUCAACAGAGAAGGCAAACAAAAAGCCGAUAAGAACCGUGCCCGUGUGGAGGAGAACUUCUUGAAGCUGACUCACGUGCAGAGACAGGAAGCCGCACAGUCUCGACGGGAAGAGAAGAAGAGAGCUGAGAAGGAGCGCAUCAUGAACGAGGAAGACCCCGAGAAACAGCGCAGGCUAGAGGAAGCCGCCUUGAGGCGUGAGCAAAAGAAACUGGAGAAGAAGCAGAUGAAGAUGAAGCAAAUCAAAGUGAAAGCCAUGUAGAGAUGAGUCCUGUGCCGUGUGGAAGCUCUGGCUUGCUGGGACACGAAGAUGCCAGUCCACUGCUCACCUUGAGGGCAGCUGUUCCCAGCAGCUAGACAUCCUGACUUCAUCAUGCUUCAGGCUUAGAGAUUUACUGAGAUGGUAGAGUCAUCAAAAGGGCUGUUUCAAUAAUUUCCUUUCAGAUAAUCAAAUUGUUUUGAUUAUUUUAUAAAAGGAAUAACAUUUGAAAUCUGUGGUUCUAACACGUUUUUAAAAUUGUAACAUGAAUCAUCAGUGCUUUGGGUACUCUGAUAUUUGAAGAAAUAUUAUGAAAUUUCGUGGAUAAUUAGGUUGUUGCUUCUAUAUAAAUAAGGCAACUGAAAUAGAAAUGAAGAUUAACUCUAAACCACAAUUUCACAAUUAACUACCAGAAUUGCACAAUAAACAUUGCUUGGUGUUUUUU